GAGGAUAAGCGGUACGGAAAAUGGAGGGAUGGAUGGAUAACAGACAGUACAGCAGUGAUUCCCAACCAGUGUCCCGUCAGAGAUCAUCAAGUGUGUCGACUGCCACUUAAUCGCUACCCGGCCGUCCGUGUUGUCCUCCCCAACAUCCCGCCUCGUUGUGUCGGUCAUGACGCUGGAAGCGAUCCGCUACCGCGCCGGGUCUCUGCAGAUCCUCAACCAGCUGAUGCUGCCUCACCAGACCGUCUACGAUGACAUCCGCUCGGUGCAGGACGCCUACGAGGCCAUCAAGUCCAUGAAGGUCCGGGGUGCCCCAGCUAUCGCCAUCGUAGGUUGCCUCAGCUUGGCUGUGGAGUUGCGAGCAGGCGCGGGUGGUGAUGACCCUGUGACGUUCAUCCGUGAAUCUUUGUGUCGUCUGACAUCAGCCAGGCCCACCGCUGUCAACAUGGGCCGCGCCGCACGCGAACUAAUGGAGUUUGCUGAGAACGAAAGCAUGGAGAAGAACUCUGAGCAGCUGAGAGAAAGUGUAAUAGCCUGGAUUGAAGACAUGCUGGAGCGAGACGUCAAUGACAACAAGAAGAUCGGAAACUAUGGCGCCCAGCACAUCCUUUCAGGUGUCCCGAGGGACUCCGUGACCAUCCUGACACACUGCAACACUGGCUCGCUUGCUACGGCUGGAUACGGGACCGCACUAGGAGUUGUGCGAAGCCUCCACACACUGGGAAGGCUCAAACGUGUCUACUGCACAGAGACGAGGCCGUAUAACCAGGGGUCUCGACUCACGGCGUACGAAGCCGUAGCAGAGGGAAUCCCCGCUACGCUCAUCACAGACAGCAUGGCGGCCCUCACCAUGAGAGAAAUGAACAUCACAGCUGUGGUGGUAGGAGCAGACAGGGUGGUUGCCAAUGGCGACACAGCCAACAAAGUGGGAACAUACCAGCUAGCCAUUGGUGCCAAGCAUCAUGGGAUUCCUUUCUAUGUGGCCGCUCCCAGCACAUCAUGUGACUUAAGCCUGGAAAGUGGCAGGGACAUAAUAAUCGAAGUCCGCCCGCCCGAGGAACUCACCAGUAUAAAUGGAGUCCCCAUUGCUGCUUCAGGCAUCGAGGUGUGGAACCCGGCGUUCGACGUGACUCCCCACCAGCUCAUCACAGGAGGAAUCAUCACAGAGCUGGGGGUCUUCCUCCCCUCAGAGCUCCAGGCAGCCCUUACUGGUCGCCUUACUGCCCUCUAAGAGCCCUAACUGCUGGCACUUUGGCGCCACUGCACCUUACUGUCAGACACUCAGAGACACUCAUCUUGUCACAUCUUACACCAAAACACACACACAGUCAUGAUGUGAUUACAUUUUGGUAAAAAAACAAAACAAAGCAGUCAAAUGUUAGCGGAAGAAAAAGUUCUUUACCUUCCCUCUCUUUGCACACACAUACAUAAGGUGAAAUACACUGCAGGGAGUCAACCAGACAUGCGUGCAGUUCCCCCAACCCUUUCCUUUGAUUAUUUUCCCUCUAAUUACUCCAAUCUCACACUUGUCAUGCUGCUCAUAAUUUCUGGCCGCUUCUUUCUCUUUUCAAAAGGCUUCUGUGAGUGCUCAGCUGACUCUAAUCUUUCAACUGUGAUUGGCAAAAUAUUUUGAGUCAUAACUGAGAGGAAUUUUCAGGGCAACUACAAACAAUAGUCCUGCUGACCGGACUGAUUUUAAUAUUAAAUUUAGGAUUCUGAUCAGCUAUGGUUACUGUAAGUGCUGCUGUCCAAUUGUAAAUACAUAUGCGUCCUUGCUGGUAGCGUGUACAUAAUGUAGAAGACAAAUCCACUGCUACUGCUGAUUUAAUAAGUUAAAAUGACAUGGUGGCAUCAAAAUGUUAUAUUAACAUUUAUUUUUUGUCUUUGUGUAGAUACUUUAGUCGGAGUGUCAUCCAAAUUUAUAGCUGUAAUGAAAACAAAUAUUUCAUUUUUUUUUAGCCUGUGUGAAUUAUUUUUAAAAAAAGUGGAAUAUCUUUGAGACAUGGCUAUAUUUAUACAGUACUUAUCAUACAAUCUUAUUUUAUCUUAUUCUCUAACAGUAUAUAUGUAGCCAUACUUCUUUCAAAACCAUUCUCACCAUGUUCAUCAUAUACUGCACUCUUACAGUCUAGAAAAGGGAGAGAGUAUCACGAAAACAGCUUUUGCUGUGAAUCCUCAAAUACAGUGUACACAGCGAGGGAUAGUUGAUCACAAAAUAAAAGGUUGACAUUCAAGUGUGAAUUGGUGACUUUGUAUUUUUUUUUUUUUCCUAUUAACAAGGCUGAGUUAUUUAUUGCUACCUCUUGGUAUCCACUGAACUUGCUAGUUGUAAAUUACUUUUAGAAACUGUAAAAAUUAACCAAGUGGUUGAUUAACUGACUGAAAAAACUGUUUCCGAGCUGCAGAUUCUCUGAAGUUCUGCGCAUUUUUACUGCAAACUGUAUAAGCUCUGAUAAAUGGCGCACUCCUUGAACAGCCGCGCAGACUUCUCGCUGCAAAUCACGGUGAUGAAAUAAUUUAGAGUAGAAUAUUUCACUUAUGUAGACCAAAUUAAAGUGAAUUUACACAAAAACAAUAAUUGCGAUAAUUUAGGAGUCUGAGAGAAAUGUGAAAGGGGACUUACUGGAAGAUAGAACAUUCAAUUAUUGUUUCAUUGUGCAUUGAUUCUCUGAAGAAGGCUGACUGGUGAUGUGAAAUUAAUGCAAAACAACAACAAUCUAUUCAGUUUACCACAGAUAUAUACUUUUUACAUUUGUGAGGUCAUCAGAUUUGAAUUAAACUUUUGUCACAAACCUUCCAAAAAAAUUCAGUUUUGAGCAAAAAUUGAGAUUAAGGCCUUUUAGUGAAAUUGCUUAGGUUUUUUAAGUGUUUUUGGGGGGGAGAGUGCAGAUGGUGGUGGGUGGUUUCAUGUGGGGGAUUUGCAUUUGUAAUUAAAUAACUAAUAGGUUAUGUGGUCUGGCUGCAUUCUUUCAAUGAACUAAUUUUAAAAUACUGCAACAAUCUGGCUGUUAUUUAAUCUUUUUUUUUACUAGUCCUACUGCAUGAUUAUUUUUUCCAAAUGCUUUGUGAACCUUUUCAAUAUUGUUGAUCUAUUGCAGGAAUUUUAUUAUACAGGUGCAUCUCAAUAAAUUUGAAUAUUGUGAGAAUUUUCCUUUGUUUCAUUAGUUCAAAAAAGUAAACUGAAAUAUGUUUUUUUUUUUUAAAUUUUAUUAUUGCUUGCAGCCAACAAAAAUCAAAAUUCAACUGCAAAAUUUGGAAUAUAUAAGAAACAAAAUGAAUUUUACUAUAGAAAUUAUGUAGGUACUGUCCAUCUCAAAAGUAUUAUCCCAUGUGCUUAAGGAAUCCAUACAGAAAAACUUUCUGAUAAUGUUCUAAUCUAUUGAGAAACAUCUGGAUAUUAAAUGUCUUAUUGUACAGCAGCAUUACAGUGUACCAUGUGUCCUCCCUCUCUCUCAUAAAUGUUUUCAUCAAGCCCAAACAGAAGAAACAGACUAUGUGAAUCAACAAGUCUUCUGGGGUGAUUUUUGGGGAUUUGAUAGAGGGGGGGUUAUCUGUUUUGUUUUUUGUUUUUUUUCCCCCCUCUCACUCUCUUUCCAUAUACUGUACAGCUCUGGGCUUCUGCCUCCGUUAUUUGUGUUCAAAUGAAAAUGUGAAGUAUGGUGCCGUAGGGUUGGUGAGGUGUAUAGUGGAUUCAUUCACAUUAUGUCCCUCACCUCAAAACUAAAGCAACAUGGUGGAUAAUCAGACACAGAACCUCAACUAAAUUUAUAGAGCACUAAAACAACAACUGCACUGUAUAAUGUGUGUGCAAAUACAAGACUUGUCCUCCUGGGGGUCACAUUUAAGAGUUGCGUGUGUGAGACACUGGCUUGCACCUUUAGAUAAUUCAUUUUUCAACCAGGAAACAUGUCCCAAUGGAGCACUGAGAGGUUUAGAGAUAAUUCUGAAAUACCUUUUUUUGUUGUAUCCAGUGUUUUUGUCCAUAUGUUAUGUGCUUAAAAAUUAUCUAAUUGCUUUGAUCUUAUUUUUGAAAUUCUGUUUCGAUUCUCCACAAUGAUGCUACUUUUUGGCACGGAAGCACUUGUGUUCUUGGAUUUGUGUUGUAUUGUACAGAAUAGACUCAGACAUACACUAAGUAGCAACGUUAUAGCUGUUUAAUACUUAGAAUACUAUGUUAUUCUCUCUCUGUCGUUGAAGAUUUAAGCACCCCGGAUUGUUUGUACGCCACAAUGAUUUCCAGUGCAGUAAUUUCUUUUGCAUGAUAUUGUGAUUCCAACUGACUAAAGGCCUUUGCUUGUUUUUACUGGAAAGGCCAACUAAACCAUGCACACUACCUCACCGCCUACAAACUUUGACAGGCACGGACACAAGGACUUAACAUGUUCACAUGGAUAAAAAGAACUGCUCAACAGUACAGACACACAUUGUCUCCAACUUUUCAAUCAUUGUACAUUGAACUCAAAGUGACACAAACAUUUUGUUGCAUCACUCAUAGUUUUUCAAAUAGCUUAGGUCCAGGAAUGCUAUAUUGUGUUUCCCUUCAGGGAUUUCUAUAACAAUACAAUAAAAAAAAAAAAAAAAAAAAAAACUGUAUUGCUCCAACAAGCUGUCCUUUAGAGACCCGACAAAUGCCUGACUAGGUGCCAAAAUUUUGCAUGUUCUGUAGUGUCACCUAUAUUUCCUUGGGAAGGAGUUUUGUUCAGAUGGCCUCUUUACACAGGCUCAACAUACUGUAUUGUCAUUGGACACUACUUGAUCUUUGUUUAAUUUCGUGAUGUUGAAAUAGUUCUCGACUGAUUUAAAAUAUAUAUCUUUCUGGCUAUAAUGCAAUCAGGUGCAGUCUUUUCACAAAAGAAAGAAAUGAAUAAA